UGCUGUGUAAAAUUCCAAACUUUUCAGGCAAUUGUAUGUGUUACACAUGAUUUAUUCUUGUUUGUUUUGAGGCUUUAGCAACAAUUGUAAAACCUAUCUAUGUUUCCUUUAUCUUCUUCUUUUCCCCAAGGGAAAAGAUAAUAAUAGACUUUCAAGCUUAUAAUUUCCUUGAAGUAAAAAAGGGUCAAAUGGCACCACAUUGGACGUGCUGCCAAAGAUUCCAUGGUACGGGAGAUACGAUUUCUAAUGAAAUCCUUAGUUUUAGCAUUAAUGUGGCCUUGUCAAUCCUCUGUGAUGGUCUGAAAAUGUAAAAAUUUCAAAUUGAAGUGAGGCAAAAUAUAAUAAUUGGUUGUGGUUUAAUUUUGGUUUAUUAAACAAAACUGAUAAAAAUAUGGUUUCAUUCCAUCAGUGAAAUACAAUGCCACACUUUUCUCCUAUUUUUAUUUUUUUUUUCAAAAAGGAAAGCUAUUAACUUCUUUCUGGCUACAUGUUUUCAUUUACUUUUGUUAUGGCAUACAUUAGAACUAUGUUUCGGCAUCUCAUGAGUAAAAAACAUGAUCUAACCAAUUAUUAUAUUUUUGCCUCACUUCAAUAUUAAAUCAGAGUCCAUUAAAGGAACUUAAGACCGCGGUUGGAGAUCAUCGAUAUGAUAAGGAAGAGUUAGAUACUUGUCUUAUGGUGAUUCAAAAGGUAAUGAAAAUGGAUGCUGCUGAACCGUUCAAUUCCCCUGUUAAUCCAAUUGCUUUUGGAAUUCCUGAUUAUUUUGAUGUGAUAGACACACUAAUGGAUUUCGGAACAAUAUGUAGCAAUCUUGAAAGUGGUGUUAAGUAUUCUAACUCUGAGGAUGUAUUCAAAGAUGUACAGUUUAUUUGGGGCAACUGCUACAAGUAUAACAAUAAGGGUGACUACAUUUUAGAGCUUUUGAAAAGGGUUAAGAAGAAUUUUACAAAGUAUUGGACAACAGCUGGAUUGUAUAGUGGAUCAUAUUCAGACGAGAAACAUAAGUUGUUUGUCCAAAAAACUACGAAGCAAUUAUCAGCCAAAAAAUGGAGAAUUCAGUUGUACGUAGAUGCAAUCCGAACAAUGAGUUCAAAGUACAAUCAGUUCACCAUUCAAGCAGUUGAACCAAUGGAAGAUUAGGCAGAAGUUACCUUUUUUUUUUUACAGUAAUUUUAUUUUAUUUAGUGUUGAGACUUUUCUUGGUGCCGAGCUUCUUUUUCUUUCUCUUGACUUGUUAUUUAUGGAUUUACAUGGAGUAGUGUAUGCAAGUAUUUCAUAUACCCAGUUUUCUAAAAGUAAAUAAUAAGUAUUAUUUUAUUAUGAUUUAUAUA